AAAGAAAAAUGUGGGAAAUAGGAAAAUUUCUACUCGAGUAAUAGGCUUUGCUCCAUGGGAAAAUCGAAAAGAAUAAACUCGUAUUCAUUUUAAAAAUGUAGUCAAGGGGCAUAAUGGAGGAAGUUUCCAAUACCGAUGAAGAGGAGGUGGAAACAAGUACACCAGUAACAAGAACCAGAAAAAAGGUAGAGUCCCCUACAGAAUCUGGAGAAGGUCCUGUGACCCACAGGGCUCAAGAAGUGUUACUCAGCACACAUACUUAUAAUUCACCAGAUGAUGUGCAUUCCAUCGACACCAAUGAAGAUAUAAUACCAGACACUCUUUCUUUAUGUGAUAAGUGCAAACCCGAAGAUGGUAAAAUAGACGAGAGUGGAGUAAAGCUUGAUAGCUCCGGAAUCUCUGGAGAUAUAUGUCGUGGGAACCGGAUGAGUGCAGAUUCAAUGGAAUCAGAACUCAAUUCUGAUUUUAGUGGGGAGUUUUCAGAUAAUUGUGUAAGGAAUUCGACGAAGAAAAAAAGAGAGUUAAUUGAAACAGACGAUAGAGAAGAUCCCGAAGAAGAGUUUAGGAAACAUUUUCUGAAAACGUUUCAGGACUUGCCUAGAAUAUCACAGAUCUCGCUAGACGAUAACCCCAUAAAACCGCCAACAGAAAGAAACCAGAAAGCCGAAAUAGAUACAGAAAUGCCAAAUACUUCCAAUGAAGAUAUGGAAUUAUUACCUAAAGAAGCUGAUUACACUGGUGAAACAACGAUACCUACAAAUAUAUCAAAUAGUGAUGCAGACAACAUGGAGGAGCCGGAUAAAAAUAUUGCAGAAAACAUCGAAACAAACUUCCUUCAAAAUAGUGAUAUACAAGAAAAAGAGAAUGCUGAUGAAAUGCCUUCCUCCUCAAAUAAAAGCAUGUAAACGCAAAAAGAAUAUAAUAUAAUAAUUUAAGUUUUAGCCAA